AGCACCAAACGGCGCAAUAGAUGCUGUAGAGUUGAUUGACAUUGAGAUGCUGACAAAUUCCACUCUGAGGAUCAACUUACCUACCAAUACCACUCUGCCUAAUACUACCCAACUCUGAUUCUCUUGCUCAUGUCCUGAUUCUCACGCUCAAUUUGCAGACGGACAUAAGACGAGGUUCUGGGCAUGGCGGCUGCUGCUACUCCUACUACUGCUGCUUGUCUUUGCUUCCCACCCAAUGGAAAUUUCCGAAUUCGGUCUGCCGGAUUCUGCAACGGCCCCCCCCCCCGCCACUACUCCUCUCAGUUUAAGGGGCCUCGGAGGCUCAGUAUUCGCUCGGAUUUGGAGUCUAACGUAUCUGACAUGAGAGUCAACGCUCCAAAAGGUUUAUUUCCACCGGAACCUGAACAUUACAAGGGUCCAAAGCUCAAAGUGGCGAUCAUCGGAGCCGGGCUUGCUGGUAUGUCAACUGCGGUCGAGCUUUUGGAUCAAGGCCAUGAGGUGGAUAUAUAUGAAUCAAGAUCCUUUGUUGGUGGAAAAGUGGGUUCAUAUGUCGACAAACAAGGAAACCACAUUGAGAUGGGAUUGCAUGUUUUCUUUGGAUGCUAUAAUAAUUUAUUUCGCUUGAUGAAAAAGGUAGGUGCUGAUAAAAAUCUGAUUGUGAAGGAUCAUACUCAUAGUUUUGUUAACAAAGGGGGCCACAUCGGAGAACUUAAUUUUCGUUUCCCAGUUGGAGCGCCACUACACGGAAUUAGGGCAUUUUUGACGACAAAUCAGCUCAAGACUUAUGAUAUAGCAAGAAAUGCUGUUGCUCUUGCCCUUAGUCCAGUUGUAAGGGCUCUUGUUGAUCCAGAUGGCGCAAUGGGGGAUGUAAGAGAUCUUGAUAGUGUAAGCUUCUCUGACUGGUUCUUGUCCAGAGGAGGGACUCGAACAAGUAUCCAGAGGCUGUGGGAUCCUGUUGCUUAUGCACUAGGAUUCAUUGACUGUGACAAUAUUAGCGCUCGCUGUAUGCUCACAAUAUUUACACUUUUUGCUACUAAGACCGAAGCUUCCCUUCUACGUAUGCUUAAAGGUUCUCCAGAUGUUUAUUUGAGUGGUCCCAUCAGAAAGUAUAUCAUGGACAGGGGAGGCAGGUUCCAUUUAAGGUGGGGAUGCAGAGAAAUUCUUUAUGAUAGAUCUUCUGAUGGAGACAUAUAUGUAAAAGGGCUUGCCAUGUCCAAGGCUACUCAAAAAAAAAUUGUGCAGGCUGAUGCAUAUGUGGCAGCAUGUGAUGUCCCUGGAAUUAAAAGAUUACUACCGCAGAAUUGGAGGGAAUCUGAAUUCUUUGAUAACAUCUAUAAACUGGUUGGCGUGCCUGUUGUCACAGUGCAGCUGCGAUAUAAUGGCUGGGUUACUGAGUUAAGGGACUUGGAACGUGCACGGCAAUUGAGGCAAGCUGCUGGGUUGGAUAAUCUCCUUUACACUCCAGAUGCAGAUUUUUCAUGCUUUGCAGACCUUGCACUCACAUCCCCUGAAGAUUAUUAUCUUGAAGGCCAAGGCUCUUUGCUUCAAUGUGUACUUACACCCGGGGACCCUUACAUGCCUCUCCCAAAUGAAGAAAUUGUAGAGAGAGUUUCAAAGCAGGUUUUGGAUCUGUUUCCAUCUUCCCAAGGUUUGGAAGUUACAUGGUCCUCAGUUGUCAAAAUUGGACAGUCUUUAUAUCGUGAAGGACCUGGUAAAGAUCCAUUCAGACCCGACCAGAAGACGCCAGUGAAGAACUUCUUCCUCGCCGGCUCUUACACUAAACAGGAUUACAUAGACAGCAUGGAAGGAGCAACUCUGUCUGGCAGGCAAGCUUCUGCCUACAUAUGCGAUGCAGGAGAAGAUUUAGUCGCAUUACGAAAAGCUCUUACUGUCACUGAACUGAAACAAACAGCAGGAGCAGCUAUGAGCUGACCCUUUGUCCGAUAUAUAACACAAAUUCAGCAAGGCUUUAUCAAUACGUGCAGGAUACGGUUCCAUGCGGUUUGUCGAGGGGGCGCCAAGGAAGUUGAUCUAAUGUAGUUGAGGUAGAAAGCCAGCAUGUGGGCUGAGGUUAUGUAUACUUCCAUUGAAGAUCCCCAAAGGCCAAAAGUUUCUGCAAGUAUCUGCUCUGAAUAAUUGUUCAUACUACUGAUUAAUCGGAACCAAAGAAUCAGCCUCGUGUAAUUUAUGGUUUUAAGUUACUCUUUUGAAAAUUGAAGCAAUUUCCCUGGUUAUGUCCUUACAGAAAAGUUUACUUUA